CUUGGUUAUGGAGUAGCUGAAGCAAUUGUUUUAUUUAUAGUGGAAAAAGUUAAUCAAAAUCAAAUUGAUCAAAGGCAUGUGGAGUAUCGUCUUGAUGAAAUCAGUGGACAACAGGUCCGGUGCAUGCGUGUUACUCUGACUGAAAGUGCCAAGAGAUUGAAUGUGGAUGAAAGUAGUCAUCAUCUGUAUUUGGACGACACCCACCGUGUAGGAGUAGUGUAUUUCCGAGCCGGAUAUUCACCAGACAAUUAUCCAACAGAGAAGGAAUGGACAGCACGACGUAUUAUGGAGCUGUCGGACGCGAUUAAAUGCCCUUUUAUCGGACUGCAGUUGGCGAAUACUAAAAAAGUGCAGCAGGUAUUGUCGGAAGAGGGUGUUGUCGAGAAGUUCAUUGAAGAUGCAGCUUUAUGCAUAAAGAUUCGAAGGACUUUCGCUUGCAUGUGGGGUCUUGGAAAUGAUGACCGCAGAACGGAAAAUGCGGUUGACGUAAGUUGGAAUAUUCUCAGUUAUUGUUAUAUUACUAGUUACCUAGAAGUUGAGGAAAAUCCAGUUACUUUGAAUGAAUUUUUUAUUAACAAUCGAGGGCAAAGCUCUUGUAGUCUUAUAUGCUGA